UCAUUUUGAUUUCACUUUUCGUCAUCUUUCUUCUCCAGAUCUCUCUCUCAUGGGAUGUGCUCGACUCGUGUGUGAUCUUUCACUCUUUAGUGUUGUUUAGUUAGGGUUUCCAGUUUGGGGUUAUGAUAACACAAGUGAAUCAUUUUGAAGUUGAAUAGUCAUCGUUUCUUUAGCUUUAGUCCGAUUCUGGUUAGGAGCUGUUCGUAAUGCAAAAUCUGAAGGUCUUUGUAGCAAAUUGUCACCUCUAUUAACUACAAUGGAACAUAAAUCCAAAUCCGGUGGUGUAGGUUCGAGUAAUCGAGUUGCUAUGAAUGAGGAGGACAGAAUCAGUGAGCUGCCUGAUGCUCUGCUUCUGCUGAUAUUGUCUUCACUUCCGACAGAAAACGCCAUAUCUACUAGUGUUCUGUCUAAACGUUGGAGAUCUCUUUGGACGAUGUUGCCAAAACUCAAGUUUGACUGCGAUUAUAAUCCUGUGAUUCAUGAUGAUAACAUAGAUCCCCGUGUAUUCUCAGAGAAUGUUCUCAAGUCUUUGGCUUUACACAAAGCUCCGGUUUUUGAGAGUUUGCAUUUGAAAUUUGCUGGUGAAUAUGAUUGUUUGGAUGUUGGAAUAUGGAUCGCGACCGCAUUUGCCCGCGGUGUGCGCAGAUUGGUAUUGGAUAGUUUCUAUCAAGAGGAGCAGACGGUAACCCUUCCGAGUGUUUUGUUUACCUACAAUGAUACACUUGAGAUCUUGAAACUCAAGUGUGCUAUAGAUUUAGAAUUCCCUUCUCGGGUUUGUUUGAAGUCCCUUAGAAAGCUGUGUCUUGACCAAGUACACUUCAAAGACGAAGAAUCUGUUUGCAAUCUUUUCUGUGGCUGCCCUAGUCUUGAAGAGUUGGUCGUGGAUAGAUAUAGUAAUGCGGAUGUGGCGACUUACACUAUUGCGGUGCCAUCAUUACUGAGAUUGACCAUAAGUGAUCUUAACGAAGAUGGAGGUUAUGGAGAUGGAGGCUAUGUGAUAAAUGCCCCUGCUUUAAAAUACUUGGACAUCUGUGGGUUUAAUGGUCUUGGGUCUUGUCUGAUUGAGAAAGCACCAGAGCUAGUGGAGGCAAAGAUCAGUGACGUUUCUGAUAUAACCAAUGAGAACAUUCUGGAGUCUCUAACUUCAGCCAGACGUCUUAUCUUACACUUAUCUCCCCUUGAGGUUAAAGUUCCUACUGGUAAAAUCUUCCAUCAGCUAGUCUGUCUAGAGCUACCUACAUACGAAAUAGAGUGGUGGAAUCUGCUUUCGAUCAUGCUCGCUAGUUCUCCUAAACUACAAAUCCUCAAGCUCACAGAUGUAUAUCUGCGUGAUGACAAAAAAAAUCCGGACCAACGGAGAUGGAAUCCACCAAAAUGUGUACCGGAAUGCUUGUCGUUCCAUCUUGAGACAUUCAUGUGGAUAGGAUACGAAUGUCAACGAGGAGAUGAGAAAGAAGUGGCCAUGUACAUCUUACAAAACGCAAGACGGUUGAAGAAAGCCACUAUCUCCACAAAACGCAUCGAGAUGGGAAUGCUCGAAAAGUUGGAAAAGAGACGUGAGAUGCUCAACGAGUUGGCUAGUGUGCUCUGGGAUUCAAAUUCGUGUCAACUUGUGUUCGACUCUACUUAAUAUCUUAAACUUUUACUAUGUUGUUUUGGCUGUUGGGAAAUGUAUAAUUCACUACUCCACCUACCUGUAUGUCGGAUGCUAUAACGUUUGCCUGGUGACCUUUUGAGGAAGAGAUUCAGAAGAUUAUUACUUUAUA